AAUGAUCUAAUCAAAAUAGCUGUUGUUGAACUCAGUUUUCAAAGAACACCAACUCUCUUGUAAAUGCUUUGUAAUCUUGUGAUGAGACAGCUUAUUGCUAAAGUUUAUGUAAAAUAAGAGUUUUUGUUGAAAAUACAAACUCAAUUCUAUUUAUACAACCUUAAAAGUUUCUAUAUCGAACUUCAAAUUUGUCAAAAUGCCGCUUUUCAAAGUGAAAGUGAAAUGGGGUAAAGAGUCUUACAACGAUGUGGAAGUAAACACCGAUGAAGAUCCGCUUGUUUUUAAAGCCCAGCUGUACGCUCUAACGGGUGUUCUCCCAGAGCGCCAGAAAGUCAUGUUGAAAGGGGCAACUCUAAAAGACACUGAAUGGGGUAACUUCAAAGUUGUAAAUAAUGCUGUGCUGCUUUUAAUGGGGAGUAAAGAAGAUAUCCCGGCAGAGCCCAGCGUUAAGACUGUUUUCGUUGAAGACAUGAACACCGAAGAAAUUGCUAGUGCUAUGGAUCUUCCUGCUGGUCUAGCUAAUCUUGGAAACACGUGCUAUUUGAAUGCCACAGUGCAGUGUCUGAAAACUGUACCGGAAUUGAGGCAAGCUUUACAACGCUUCAAUGGAGGUGUGAUGUUAGAAACGGGAACGAUGCCAGCCCAGUCGGUGACUGCUGCACUCAGGGACCUGUAUGACGCCAUGGAACAGAGGCAGAGGGGAAACUUCUAUCCUCCUCUUCUCCUGCUGCAAGUUCUGCACAUGGCUUUCCCGAGGUUCGCCGAGAAAAGCGAUAAUGGCAGCUAUGUUCAACAGGAUGCCAAUGAAUGCUGGACAGAGAUUGUCAGAAUGCUUAAACAAAAACUACCGGCAAUUGGUGGUCAAGAAACACAGAAUGCAUCCAGUGAUAUUAAGUCAAUUAUCGACCAAUACUUUGGAAUUACAAUGGAUGUGGAGAUGAAGUGCACGGAGGCAGAUGAGCCCGUGGUUCGCAGUGAAGAGCAACUCUUGCAGCUCAGCUGUUUCAUCCCCAACGAACAAACUCAUAUGAAAAAAGGCAUUGUGUCUGCGAUGAAGGAGGACAUUAAAAAACAUUCACCUACUCUUGGAAAAGAUGCUAGCUACAACAAAAUUUCUAAAAUCAAGAGGUUGCCUGCAUACUUGACUGUUCAGUUUGUUAGAUUCUUCUAUAAGGAUAAAGGGAUUAACGCCAAAGUCUUGAGAGAUGUGAAGUUUCCAAUGGAGUUCGAUGCUUACGAGCUCUGCUCUGAUGAUUUGAAACAGAAGUUAACCCCCAUGCGAUCAAAAUUCAAGGAGCAAGAGGAUAGAGAAGUUGAGGAGGCAACAUCACUCAAGGGCAAAGAGAAGCCAAAGAGUGGUGCCGACAAAGAACCCACUAAAGAACUGCCUUAUUGGUUUGAAAAUGAUGUUGGAUCGAAUAGCUCUGGAUACUAUAAAUUGCAAGCUGUUCUAACGCACAAGGGAAGAUCGACCAGCAGUGGCCAUUAUGUGGCAUGGAUCAGACAGAAAGAAAACAAAUGGGUCAAGUGCGAUGACGAAAACGUUACUCCAGUUCUAGAAAGCGAUAUUCUAAAAUUAUCUGGAGGAGGUGAUUGGCAUUGCGCGUACAUUCUGCUGUACGGGCCACGAGUACUGGAACUGCCUCUGGAUGACCCGGCCAAAAGCAUAGCGGCGGUCGUCGAAACAACUCAGUCCUGCAGUUAAUGGCAUCAAUCGAGUCCAUCUUCUGUUAUGUUUAACUCAAUUUCAACAUUAAUUGAAAGUUUGCAUUUUAAUAUUAUUUGUAUACUAACGAAUACUGUCGAUCUAAUUUCUUCAAUCUUUCCUCUUUGCUGACAAGAUUAUGCAAUUAAAUGGAUUUCUUCUCCAUAA